GUUUUUGUACAUGUUGUAGUUUAGUCGUCAUCUUCUAUAAAUUCGUUUUGCCAGAGAUAAUUCAUUAAUCUGAAAUAAUAAACAAAAGUUAUAAGUUAAUUUUUUAACAUGGAAAAAUACAGUGAAAAAAUUGAAAUAUUGGAAAAAGAGGAACUAGAGAUGCCCACUUCGGAAGUUACUAUGUAUACCAAGCUUAUGGCAUAUUAUUUGGUCGAAAAUAAACUAUUUGAUGCCAAAUUUCUUUGGAGUCGUAUUCCUCAGAGUAUGAAAACGGACGCUAUUGAAUUGCAAAAAUUAAACGAGUUACAAAAAAGCCUUGUCUCCAAUAAUUUUGCGGAUGCAUUUAUAAAUAUUAAUAAAACUGAAUGGUCUGACGAGAUUAAAACUGUCAUGGAUGAUUUAAAAGAAAUCACAAUGGAGAAUAUUUUUCAGUUGAUCGGAAAUUCAUAUACAUCAAUUUUGGAUGAAACUCUAGUCGAAUUAACCAAUCUUCAAGAAGAUCAAUUUGAAACAAAAUGCGUAGACCUUGAUUGGACUGUGGAAAGUUUUGAUCAACAAUUAGUUAUACAUCCAAAAAAACUAUUAUCUACUGCUAACAAUAAUGCCGAUUCAGAAUAUCAAUUAUCUAAGUUGACCGAAUUUGUAUCUUUCUUAGAAAAUUAAAAAACAUUUUACUAAAUUUAUUAUUAUUUUAUAACCUCAUAAUAAACAUUUUGUUUUAUCAGUUUUUCACAUGUA